ACAUUUAAUUUCUAAAUAAAUUCUUCAAGUUCUUUUGGAAGCCAAUCUGUUGAAUUAAUUUAGAAAUUUGUUACAAAAGUGUUAUUUAGUGCGAUUUCUGUGGAAAAUAUUUGUUAAUGUGCCACUGAAUUACGUGCACAUACUAAAAUUAGUUAAUUUGCGUUGAAAAGAGUACAAAUAUGGAAGAUAUAUUUCAUUGGUGCCGUGAGGGAAACUCGAUACAAGUACGCCUUUGGCUCGAAGAUACAGGCAAUGAUAUGAAUUUAGGUGAUGAUCACGGCUUCAGCCCCCUACAUUGGUGUGCCAAAGAGGGCCAUACGAAAUUGGUGGAAACCCUAAUACAGCGUGGCGCUCGCGUUAAUGCCACUAAUAUGGGCGAUGAUAUUCCUCUACAUCUUGCGGCUGCACAUGGACAUCGCGACAUUGUGCAAUUAUUAAUUCGUGAGCGCUCUGAUGUCAACGCGGUAAAUGAACACGGCAACACGCCGUUGCAUUAUGCCUGCUUUUGGGGUUACGAUAUGAUCUGUGACGAUCUAGUCAAUGCUGGUGCGCUCGUUUCAAUUGCCAACAAAGAUAACGAUACACCCUUAGAUAAGGCCAAAGCUGGUUUGUCAAAGCGUCUGCAUGAUUUAGCCGAACGAAAUGGUCAUGACAUCAAGAAAAUCAGCUUUAAAGAACAAAGUUGGUUGGGUACCAAAACACGUUCACGCGAUGCCACACUCUCGCGCUUUAAAGGUAUUAAUUUGGGUGAAUUGGAUUUGCAUACAAAAAUCGCCAGUACGCCGUCGGGUGAGACAUGGCGUGGCCGUUGGCAGAAGAACGAUGUUAUAGCAAAGAUUUUAGCGGUGCGUCACUGUACGGCGCGUAUAUCGCGUGAUUUCAACGAGGAGUUUCCAAAGCUGCGCAUUUUCUCACAUCCGAAUAUCUUGCCAAUAAUUGGCGCAUGCAAUCAGCCACCAAAUCUUAUUACAAUUAGUCAGUUUAUGACGCGUGGUUCACUCUUUAAUUUGUUACAUCGUGCCACUGGUAUUGUCGUGGAUACGGCGCAAGCAGUGCGUUGCGCCUUGGACAUAGCACGUGGUAUGGCGUAUCUACACUCGCUGGAACGCAUCAUACCCACGUACAACUUGAACAGUCAUCACGUCAUGAUCGAUGAUGAUUUGACCGCGCGCAUCAAUAUGGGCGAUGCGAAAUUCUCCUUCCAAGAGAAGGGGCGCAUUUACCAACCGGCCUGGAUGUCACCGGAGGCGCUGCAACGCAAACCGGGCGAUCGCAAUUGGGAGGCGUGCGACAUGUGGAGCUUCGCCAUCAUCCUAUGGGAGCUGACAACGCGUGAGGUGCCGUUUGCCGAAUGGUCGCCCAUGGAGUGCGGCAUGAAGAUCGCCUUGGAGGGUCUGCGCGUGAAAAUACCGCCGGGCACGUCGCCGCACAUGUCGAAACUGAUCACGAUCUGCAUGAAUGAGGACGCCGGCAAGCGACCGAAAUUCGAUAUGGUCAUACCGAUUUUGGAUAAAAUGAAACGCUAAAGCGCAUGCGAGAAAUAUUAUCACAGCUGCCUUUGUAUGAGCUUAUGCAGCGCGUUUCUAGCACAUUUUCGCUUAAAACUAAUGCAAAACUAAAAAUGUGUGUUGUAUUUAAGCCAAGCACAACGAAAAUGCCAACUCAUUUAAUAAAUACGAAAUUACCAUUUACCGCAA